GUACAUCUGGCCUGGUGAACUCACCAGCUAAACUAGUCGUAGAUCGGGACGAGUGGAAUGUAGACGCGGAAUUUGCUGCUGCCGACGACGCAACGUUUCUUUCGAUAGGGGUUAUCGCAGUGGGAUCGUGUGUUUACGAAGCAGAUGAUUUGGACUGUGGUGUGUACGAGGUGAAAAACAAGUUGGUGGGAAGUUGUGCAGAAACAGCUCAGUGGAAUCAAUGAAAGCAGAAACGUUGAGUUAGCAGAUAACGGAGCGAUGUCGUCGGACAGAAUACACAGAGCGGCCAAGGAUGGUCUGCUUGACGUGCUCAAGGAGGCUACCCGAGCCGAAGCAAAUUCCAAAGAUGCAGACGGUAUGACCCCAGUGCUGUGGGCUGCCUUCGAAGGUCGAUUGGAAGCCCUGAAAUUACUAGUCGGAAGAGGAGGUGAUCCGGACAAAUCGGACCAGUUCGGCAACACCGCUCUGCACCUAGCCUCCGCCAAGGGUCACAUGCCGUGCGUGGAUUUCCUGGUACAAUUCGGCGUCAAUUUGUACGCUCUGGAUAUCGAUAAUCACAGUGCGCAAGAUUUGGCGGCAAUCAAUAAUCGGGACAACAUUUUGCGUUAUCUGGAUGCGGCAGCUGCAAAUUUGGAGGCGGUUGAUAAAAAAAAGGUGCGAGAUUUAAAAGAGCGCGCAAAAAAGAAAUCGGCAAAACGGGCACAAGAGUACGCCGCCAGGCAGCAGAAGCUCGAGCAGGGGAAAGAUGAACAACGAGUUAGACCACAUCGGCCGUCCAACAUGCUGCAGAUGUUGAAGCACAAGAUUUGGUCCGGUAGUCAGGGAAAUCUGAAAAAUUCCCAUAAGGAUAAUUUGAAUAACAAUUCAACGAAGUUUAGUGCAUUAGUUGGUGGUACCGUGACCGGAUCACGAGGGGCUGUAAAAAAGCGAGCCGAAGCGUCUAAAUUGCGGCAACAGAUGGAGAAUGGAGGAUUCAAAAUUGGCGAAGUAGAGCCAACGGGCAAGAGAAGCGUCCGGUCGAUUCAGGGUUUGCAGAGGGAUUCGGAAAUCCUAUACGUUGGAACGUACAUUUCUUCCGACGAUAACAGUAAGCGAGGGAAGAUUAAGGACGUAUUUGAUGUUGAUUCCAAUGGCUACGAAGAAGUAGAUGAUGAUGACAGUGAGAGCGGUGGAUCUAGUGCAAAGUUCAAUACGAUUUCCAGAUCAGUCAGUCAACCAGAUUUCCUGGCGAAUUUGAAUGACGACUUGACCAACGAUGUGAUGCUUCAGAACAGACCCAGUAUUUUCAAUCGACCAUCCGGGAAUUUAGCAAUGACUCGAUCGGUGUCCACUGUUCUGGCACAAUUGGGCAAUGAAAAUUCCGCCAACGAGUCGUCGGAUGGAUCUACAAUAGCGAAACCGAAGCAUGGACCCAUCAAACCUCGCACGCAGCUGGUCAUUUCAGAUUCGGAAAGUGAAGCGGACAGUUCGGAGAAUGAGGAAAACGAUUCCCUAGCGGUGCUGAGGUUUUUGGCAGCGUUCAAACUGGAUGAUCACUAUCCGAUUUUUCAGAAAAACGAAAUUGAUAUGGAAACUCUGAUGCUGUUGACGGAAGGCGAUAUCAAGUCGUUGGGAUUACCGAUCGGUCCCCACAGGAGAUUAUGCAUCGCCAUUCAGGAGCGGAAAGAAGCGCUCGCCAGUCCGGGGACUAUCUUGGACAGCCGGUUGUAAGAAGGUGCUGCUAUGAUGUGAUUGCAUUUUGAAUAGACGUUGCUGCCCCCUCGCUUGAACUGUACAAUACGAACUCCUUUGUGUAAAUAAUGAAUUAAAUUAUUCAGAAAUUUUAUGAA